GCGCGCGAGGGGGGGGGCGCGGUGACGUCAGCGGGCGGAGUAUUAUGGUCUGGGCUGCGCCGGGGCCGCCCCUGCGCUGCGAGCGGCCGCGUAAACAUGGAGCUCUCGGCCGUCGGGGAGCGCGUCUUCGCGGCCGAGGCCCUGCUCAAGCGCCGCAUCCGCAAAGGCCGCAUGGAAUAUCUGGUCAAAUGGAAGGGCUGGUCGCAGAAGUACAGCACUUGGGAGCCCGAGGAGAACAUCCUGGAUGCUCGGCUGCUCGCAGCCUUCGAGGAGAGCUUUGGUUCUUUUAACACCUCUAGGGAGCGAGAAAUGGAGCUUUACGGGCCCAAAAAGCGAGGCCCCAAGCCCAAAACCUUCCUGCUAAAGGCCCAGGCAAAAGCCAAAGCCAAAACCUAUGAAUUCCGUAGUGACUCUUCCAGGGGGAUCCGGGUGCCGUAUCCCGGCAGGUCCCCCCAGGAGCUGGGCUCCACGUCCCGGGCUCGGGAAGGACUGAGAAACAUAGCCCUGGCCCCCCAGGGCAGCUCCAGCAGCAGCACCCCCAAGGCAGACGGCAUCCGGGAGCGGGUGAUCCGCGUGGAGGAGAAACCCGGAGAGACCCCCAAAAAGAGAGGCCCGAAGCCCAGGAAGGAGCUCUACAAGGACCUUGCGGAGACUCUGGACGCCUCCAAGAGGAAACUGGGGGAGCCGGGGGACAAGGUGGGGGACUACCUGAAGGCCAGGAAGAUGGAGGAGGCGGCGGCGGGGGCGGCCAAGUUUGGCUCGGGACACAGCGUGAUCCAGCUGGCCCGGCGGCAGGAGCCCGACCUGCCCGGCGCCCUGCCCGGCCCCACCCGCGCCGAGCCGGGGCCCGAGGCCUUCCCCCCGCGCCUGGCCAAGCACCGGGCGGACUUCCUGGACCCCAAGGGGCAGGGGGGUCUGGACCCCGGCGGGCCCAAGCUCCUGCACGGCGCCGUGAGCCCGGGGGCCGUGGGCAGCCUGUACCGCGACGGCGUGGGGGGCCCGGCGGGGCGGCCCUCGCUCAUCGCCAGGAUCCCCGUCUCCAGGAUCCUGGGGGACCCCGAGGAGGAGUCCUGGAGCCCCUCUCUCAACAACCUGGAGAAGGUGGUGGUAACUGAUGUGACCUCUAACUUUUUGACCGUCACCAUCAAGGAGAGCAGCACGGACCAAGGAUUCUUUAAGGAGAAGCGAUGAGUUUGGUGGAGGUGGUGCUGGGGUUUUCUUCAGUCAGAUCCAGACAAAAGCUUGGUAGAGCUUGGUGGGCCUCUUUUUUUUUUUUUUUUUUUUUUUUAAUGCUCUUUUUUUUUUUUUUUUUUUCCUUUUAAAUUUUAUUUUCUUUUGUUUUUGGUCCUGGAGAGAAUUUAGAAACUGUCCUAAAUUCAUUAACUCAUUCUUUUGUUUUGUUUUGUUUUUUCACGUCUUACAUUUCGUUGGAAAGAUUAUCUCUAGAGUUAUAUUUUCUAUUAGAUGUAAAUAUGUUAUUUAAGAAAAAAUGCUUAUAUAUAUAUCUAUAUAUAUAUAUUUCAACUCUGAGUUGUUUUAUUUAAAUGGAGACAACAGUGACUGCUCAGUUGCUCCUAGAAAGGACAAUAAAACUGAGAACUAACGAGUUCACGCAUCUGCCACAGGA